AUUAUUUAUGUAAUGUAAUGGUGUAACACAGUAACCUGAAAUUGUGUUCUGUGUCCGUAGUAUUGAGUAAAAGGGGUUAAUUCGCGGAUCGAGGCGCCCACGAGUACAAUACCGAACAUAUUCCGGUCGGUUUGUGGAGUCGUUGGUUGCUUUUGUAUCGGUGGUAGAAGCGGCGCACUCAAAAGAGGCUGAGUUUUGUCUUUACCUGAUGGAGAGGGAAACAGUUCAUGGUUGGCAAAUACUGUAAUAUUAUAUCAACGUGGACGAGUUGGCUGAGAACGGCAUCGUUAGAUAACCAAAGACGAUGUUUGCAGCGGCGAUAAACUAGUGGCUAAAUCGAGCCCAGCUAACGGGUUCAAGGUAGCCGUUGGCCGUGAUAGUCAUAUGGUGAAUGACAGACACUCGAGGAGGAAAGUCUUCCCGUGUGCUAGGCUUUAAGAGGAAGAGCAUUUAUCGCAGCGGGAUAUUGUGCUGACACAACAGCAACACGAUGGAGCUGCUGGAGUGCCGAAUCUGCCUCUUCCCGAUGUGGGAGCCGGUGACCAUUACCUGCGGUCACACCUUCUGCAGGAGGUGCGCGGGGACCUACCUGCCGUCUAAAUGCCCAGCCUGCAAAGAGAGGUUCAAACAGAGAGACAUGAGAAACGCAAAGAACAACGUUUUGCUCAUCCGUGUCAUUGAAAAGUGCUGCCCAGACGAUGCAAAUAUUAAGCGUCACUUGCAGGAGAAACUUCGUGCAAAGCAGUAUAAGGAAGCUUUACGCGUCGCCAACGACGGAUUACAGCAAGUUCCAGAAGACCUGAGUCUGAAGUUCUACAGAGCUGAAGCCAACUGUGGCCUACUGCAUUUCUCUGAUGCUCUGGCAGACCUUGACUACCUCUGCUGUCUUCGGCCGAAAUGGACUGAGGGCUUUUUUCGUAAAGGGAACAUACUGUUGGAAAUGGCUCAGCAGACAGAAUCCCUCAUUCAGUUUCACCAUUGCCUCAAACUUCAAGCUGACUUUUUUCCUGCUAAGAAUCAGAUCAAAAAGAUCUUGGAGGCAGAGGGCAUCUCGGUGCCAGAGGAAGUAUCCCGCAUCAUGCAGGUGUUGACUGAUUACUUGAAGGCUUCCUACCCCAUUGCAAGCCUCAGUGGCACCCAGGUAACACACCCUGAGGGUCUCAAACAUCCACAUGGUGAUGCAGAGGGCAAAGAGAGGAGAGACUCAUCCCAGAGCUCCAAAGCGAAGCACGACACCAGCAACGAGUGCUGCCUGAGCCUCUGCCAAGCUGUCUCCUUCCUCCCCGCCAGUGAAGAUGAUAAGGAAAUUAUGAAAACAAAGGAGGAUGUGAAUUGCACAGGUGCCAGUUUACACCGCAGAGAUAAAACUCUGAGCGUACUGACUGUGUCAGACUUUGAGUGCCCUCUCUGCAUCAGGUUGUUUCAUGAGCCAGUUACCACUCCAUGUGGUCACACUUUCUGUAAAAACUGCAUAGAGAGGAGUCUGGACCACAACCUCCGCUGUCCACUCUGUAAGCAGCCGCUACAAGAGUACUUGAAAAAUAGGAAGUACAACGUCACAGUUGUGGUUCUGGACAUCAUGGACUGCCUUUUCCCCUCACAGUUGGCUGAAAGGAAACAAAUCCAUGAGGCUGAGAUGGCUGAACUGUCAAACCUGACAAAGGACAUCCCUAUAUUUGUUUGCACUGUGGCCUACCCAGGUGUGCCGUGCCCGCUACACAUCUUUGAGCCUCGAUACCGACUGAUGAUGCGUCGCUGCAUGGAGACAGGAACUAAGAAGUUUGGCAUGUGCAGUUACGAACAUGGCAAGGGGUUUGCAGACUAUGGUUGCAUGCUGGAAAUUCUUAGCCUGGAACUACUGCCUGAUGGGCGGUCCUAUGUGGACAGUGUGGGGAGCAACAGGUUCAGAGUCUUAAAAAGAGGCCUAAGGGAUGGCUACCACACUGCUGAUAUUGAAUAUCUUGAGGAUAUCAAGGUCGAAGGGAGUGAAUUGGAACUCCUGCAGCGUCUCCACGACAGUGUCUAUCAACAGGCUCAGGACUGGUAUCAGCGUCUUGGCAGCCGCAUGAAAGAGCAGAUCAACAGGCAGUAUGGUACCAUGCCUAGUAUUGAGGAGAACAUUCAGGCCUCAUCCAAUGGUCCAGCCUGGUGCUGGUGGCUGCUGUCUGUCCUCCAGCUGGACCCUGCAUAUCAAACCACAGUCCUCUCCCUCUCCUCGUUAAAAGACCGUCUAGGUCACCUACGCCUCAUCCUCGAGUACUUCUCUCAGAGCUAAACACAGCAUUGUGGUGGAAUUACUGAGAUAAAAUGCUGAGGGUCAAAUAUUAUGUACAAUACUUACAAAAUACUUGAGUGAAGCUAAGAAGUACUGAGUUCACUUUUGUCACAAUUUUUGGGAUUAACUACUCUGAAAUACAAAGGGACUGUUUUAAUAUCACUGCUCAAAGCCAAAUCAUAUGGACAAAACCAUAAAAUACAAAUUUUAUAACAAAACCUGAAAAAGUUAUUUAAAGCUGGGCUUUGUGUUUUACUUGCUAAUUGUAUCAAUCCUUUUUUUUUCCUUUCCUUUUUUUUAAAAUAUAAAUAAGAAUAAUUUCAACACACACUUGCAAGCCUGCACAGUGUCUUUGGCACAUUCUUGUCAUUUCCAGCUAAACCAUAGCCAUAGAGCAAAUGAAAAUGAACCCAUUUUAUGAAUAAUCUGAGGCUUAAAAUAUGUAGACAACAGUUAAAUUUUCAAGGUACCAUAUCAGGAAAAACAAAAAGCUCUAGAGGUCGCUGUGUCCUCUUUCCUUUUCAUGCAAAUCAAUUAAUCAAUCAAACUUCAUUUGCACAGCACCUUUCAUAAAUUUAAUGCAACUCUAAGUACUUUACAUGAAUUAAAAUCGCUCCCUCCUGCUGCUUGUCCACAACGACACAAUGACUUCUGUCAACUGGCAAACCAGAAAGUUUGAAUGUCAUGAAUUACAUUUCCUAAUCAUAAUUAAAAUUACAGUGGAAUUCAGUAGCAGAUGAAAGAAGACACGUUUAUUCAGGACUAUGCAAAAUGAGAUUUGGAAAAUAAAAAAAAUUCAUUGCCAGAUAAUUUUUGGGCUUUGCAGACUAAUUGUCCUAUGCUCAUGUUUAUUUCUUGCUUCUAUUUUUGGGCCAUGGCAGCCAUUUGGUAUGGCUCAUUUAAUACUUUUGAACAUCGAAAUACCCAUGUUUUCGAUUAGUGAUUGUUACAAUAAUAAUUUUGCGUCAUGUGUAAACUUGCACCUACUUGAAGGCAAUGUUCGCAUCAAAGGAAAGCCAACAACCUGGUUGUUAACUAUUGAUGGUCACCUUGUGGUAGGAUUGGUAUUUGUUGGAUUGUUUCAGCAGCAGCGGCACGGUGGGCGACUGGUUAUAGAGCGUCUACCUCACAGUUCUGAGGACCGCGGUUCAAGUCCCGGCCAUGCCUGUGUGGAGUUUGCAUGUUCUCCCCGUGCCUGCGUGGGUUUUCUCCGGGCACUCCGGUUUCCUCCCACAUCCCAAAAACGCAUGAAUUGGAGACUCUAAAUUGCCCGUGAGUGCGAAUGGUUGUUUGUAUGUGCCCUGCGAUUGGCUGGCAACCAGUUCAGGGUGUACCCCGCCGCCUGCUCGAUGAUAGCUGGGAUAGGCUCCAGCCCGCCCGCGACCCUAGUGAGGAGAAGCGGCUCAUAAAAUGGAUGGAUGGAUGGAUGUUUCAGCAGCUGAGUUGGCCAACUUUUAUUUAUGUGCAUGCAUUGCCAGUGGACAGGCAGGUACAGGUGUCAUUGUUUGUGUCAUCUGUAAUAAGGAUAAAUAUUUGUAUGUCUACAUUGUUUGAAAACCUUUUGUUGGUAUGGCAACGCACACAUCAUCAUGUCAGCUCCAUCUCGGUGCAUUCAAAAUCCAGUGCUCAGCAUCUUGUCCUGAGGGAAAACUGAAAAAUGAUAUGGCCAUUGUUUAAGUAGGGAUAAAUCCCCACUAUGUUAAUCUACAAUACUGCAUACAGUACCUGUGGCCCAACAAUUGUCCCAGUGCUUUUGUGGGAUCUCCUCUGUCAUCAGUCAUAUUGCUUGAGUGCCUUUUGAGUGUUUAAAAAAAAAAGUCUUGCGGUGUCUUUAUCGUAAUGACAACGGCAUCAUUUCUGGCAUCAUUUAAUAUGGAUUAAGUGCUACAUCCCAUGAAUUCCCAAAGCUGCAUGUUUUACAUUUUUAAUUCAGAACAGGCUUAACUGUGUAAAACGACACAUUUUUGUUUUCUUUGUUGUUUUAACCUCAAAUGUGCCAUUCAUUGUGUGAUUUAUAAAAGUACUUACCGGGUUUGUGUCUGUUUUGUAACAAAGUUUAAAUUAAAAUUAAAUGUUUAAAUCCUGAGCUUUGUAUGGUGAAUCACACUUCCAGGGUCACUUUUUACAUUGUUAUAGAUCUACAAGUGUAAAAAUUGGUCAUGUAUAUAUAAAAGAAACAUCUGAGCUACAUUAAUAUAGCAUAUCCCACGAAAUGAUGACCCAUUACAAUUGUACGGCACAACUGGGUAACUUUUUUUCUGCUGGGCUGGGAAAAUGUACCACUUCUUAUGCAGCAACCACAGUCCCCCUUGGGUUUUGAAGCCAUCUAUAACAUUGGUCCCGGUGCAAAAGUAAUAGUUCUGAUGGCAAUCAUUCCUUGGCAGCUUCACCUGACACCUGGCAACACAGUUUAGUCCAUUUUUGCCAACCAAUCGAGUCAGCUUUAUUUCAUUACACUUUGUGUUUUGUUUAUGAGUCUUAUAUGUAGUAGUACCAGUUUCCAUUGCCGUUGAAAAACGCCUUUGAACUGUGUAGGAUAUUUUGCCUAUUUAGAUCAGCAAUUACACACAUUGACUUGUUAUCCAGAUAUUUAUCAGUUUAAUAUGUAUCCCCCUUUAAUAGGCUUUUGGUGCCAUUGCAUUCCACUGCAGUCAUUAAUUGUAAUUUUAGAAAGACUCUUGCCCUGCUCUACCUUAACAGGCAACCAUGAACUCCCCUGUAACAGAACUAUGAACUAGCAAAAGUCCUCUCACAAAGUUGUAAACGAAAUGUAUUUCCCCCUAAAUCAGUGUCUGUAAAUGUAAUUUUCCUUUUUAGGGGAAAGCGCGCUGGGGAUUUCUUCCCAGGAAUGUUUGACAAUAAAUUGUGGGUAAUGUGGUUUAAUGGUCAGUUUGCCUUCUCAGAGAUAUGAGUUGCUCACAGUGUGCCCCAGUUUAUGUUGGUAACAUGCAGUAUGUCAAAUUACAGUGCUAAUCAAUUUUGUGAAUUUCUGUCCAAUUUGUAUCCAUCCGUCCACCCCAAAACCAAACUGGCUAAAGAUGUUUUCUCUGGGUAAUAUUUGUCUAACAUCCCAUUUGAUAACUUUUUCAAUGUUAUAAAUAAAGCUUUUAAGAGCU